CGGUCUCGAUCCCGGGCGGAGAGGCUGCGCUGCCUGGACCAGGGCUUGGCAGCAGGGUGCGUUGCGCCGCGGGAAGGCAGGCAGGAAGGAAGGCAGGCAAGGAGGCGGCUGGGGCCAAAGAAGCGCCGAGGAGGAGGAGGAGGAGGAGGAGGAGGCCGGCGGAGGGAGAGUAAACCAGGCUGAGGUUGCCUUUGCGGGAAGGAAAAGCACCCUGUGGGCCUGAAGUGGGCCUUUGCCACCCAAGUGACAGGAAUAUUUGGAGGAGAACAGUUGGAGGAGAGCAUUUUUGGGGCCGGCCGGACCGAGAGCCAAUGGCAGACCAUGUCGACCACUAACAACAUUGCUCAGGCCCGGAAGCUGGUUGAGCAGCUGCGGAUCGAGGCCGGGAUCGAGAGGAUAAAGGUCUCCAAAGCAUCAUCUGAGCUGAUGAAUUACUGUGAGCAGCAGGCCCGAAACGACCCCUUGCUGGUUGGCGUCCCGGCCUCAGAGAACCCCUUCAAGGACAAAAAGCCCUGCACCAUCCUAUAGCCGCCCCUCUGCCCCCAGGCUUUUGGGCAGGGCCCCAGCCCCAGUCCAUCCAAGGCCCAGCAGCACAGAAGGAAGGCUGAGGACGGAGGCAUUGCCAAUGCUCGGCCAGUGCAGCUUCAGGGAACAGCCGUUGACACCAAGGCUUUCCUUCGCCAGACUCAAGGUUUGCGUGGGUCCAACAAGGAGACGGGAUUCGCACUUGAUGCCCAGUGGCACACGGUGGCUGAGUGAAGGGGGGCAGCGGGGUUGUGGACCCAGCAGCCUUUGCUAAAUGGUGCUGAUGUCCGGAGAGAACCGGAGGUUGACGGUGACACUGAGUGACCAACUGCCCUUUGCCCUGUCCUUUGUCCCCAGGG